GUCGACCCCCGCCGCGCAGGGUCGCGGAGAGAGGGCGCCGGGAGCACUCCCGGGCUCCCAGAGCGUUGCUCGAAGCGAAGCGCCUCGCCAGGAGGUUUGUCCCCGCCCGCUCGCCGUGCCGCGCGGCCCCAGGGGUAGGGAAAGAGCGCGCGGCUGAGAUGGGCGAGACCAUGUCAAAGAGACUGAAGUUCCAUCUGGGCGGGGAAGCAGAGAUGGAGGAGCGGGCGUUCACCAACCCCUUCCCGGACUACGAGGCCGCUGCCUCCGCGGUGUUCGCCGCCGGAGCGGCCGAGGAGACGGGCUGUACUCGCCCCCCACCCACCACCGACGAGCUUGGCCUCCCUUUUCACAACGACGGAAAGAUCAUUCAUAAUUUCACAAGGCGAAUCCAGACCAAAAUCAAAGAUCUUUUACAGCAAAUGGAGGAGGGGCUGAAGACAGCCGACCCACAUGAUUGCUCUGCUUAUACCGGUUGGACAGAUGUAUCAGAUGUAACUUGUUUGAUGAUGCCCCUUCAGAAACUUAGAGUUUAUUUGUACCGGGUCACGUGUGACCAGACCUACCUGCUCCGAUCCCUGGAUUACGUAAAGAGAACGCUUCGGAACCUGAAUGGCCGCAGGGUCACUUUCCUCUGUGGAGACGCCGGACCCCUUGCUGUAGGAGCUGUGGUGUAUCACAAACUCAGGAGCGACUGUGAGUCCCAGGAAUGCAUCACUAAACUUUUGCAGCUCCAGAGAACCAUCGUGUGCCGAGAUUCAGACCUCCCUGAUGAGCUGCUUUAUGGACGGGCAGGUUAUCUGUAUGCCUUACUCUACCUGAACACGGAGAUCGGUCCGGGCACCGUGUGUGAGUCAGCUAUUAAAGAGGUAGUCAGUGCUAUCAUCGAGUCCGGCAAGACUCUGUCGAGGGAAGAGAGGAAGGCCGAGCGCUGCCCGCUGCUAUACCAGUGGCACAGGAAGCAGUAUGUUGGAGCGGCUCACGGCAUGGCUGGGAUUUACUACAUGCUAAUGCAGCCGGCAGCAAAAGUGGACCAAGAAACCUUGACAGAAAUGGUGAAACCUAGUAUUGAUUAUGUGCGCCACAAAAGAUUCCGAUCUGGGAAUUAUCCGUCAUCAUUAAGCAAUGAAACAGAUCGCUUGGUCCACUGGUGCCAUGGUGCACCAGGUGUCAUCCACAUGCUUAUGCAAGCUUACAAGGUCUUUAAGGAGGAGAAAUACUUGAAAGAUGCCAUGGAGUGUAGUGAUGUCAUCUGGCAGCGAGGUUUGCUUCGGAAGGGCUAUGGGAUCUGCCACGGGGCAGCCGGGAACGGCUAUUCGUUCCUGUCCCUGUACCAUCUCACGCAGGAGAAAAAGUAUCUCUACCGAGCUUGCAAAUUUGCAGAGUGGUGUCUAGAAUAUGGAGCACAUGGGUGCCGCAUCCCCGACAGACCCUACUCUCUCUUUGAAGGCAUGGCUGGCGCCAUUCACUUUCUCUCCGACAUCUUGGCACCGGAGACAUCCCAGUUCCCAGCAUUUGAACUUGCUCCUUCGCAGAGGAACAAAAAGAUGUGAAGAGACUACUAAGACACCUGUUUGGACCAAAAGCCAGAUUGCUUAGUGCCUGACACAGAACCAACUGUGAAUCUUGAAGAAGGCCAAAAAAAAAAAAAAAAAGAGAGAGAGAAGCAGACACCUUCACGGGCCCCCUUUGUUGCAAAGACCCUCAAGUUAGAGCAUGAAUGACAGAAACCAUCCCAUCAGCGUUUUGUAACAGUGUUCCCCUCACUGGUGUAAAAUAUGAAUUCUUCACCUCCGGC